CACAUGAAAAGAAGUUUGAGAGAGAAAAGGAAAAUGCUCUUUGUUGUUGAUACACAAGGGCAGCAUCAGUAAUUGAAGUGCUGCUGCUCCCUUCUUGCACAUCAGAAUAGGUUAUGUUUGAUUUAAAGAUCUGCCUCAGUUUUUCUAUCCAUGAAAGGAGAGUACCAAUAAUUUCUAACCCUAGCAGGAAUUUAGAAUGGUGAUCAUGAUGCUCUGAUUCUUACAUGAAGAACAGUAAAAAUGGAACUUUAAACUUUGCUUAUCUAAUUCUUAUUCUAAAUACAGGCAGUCAUCAAUCAAGCUGGUACUCUUUCAUCAAAUGGUCUCCAACCCCAUCUGUACACUUUCCUACAUAAUGUGCUUACUAUAGCUACACUAAGACACAACAUUCCUGUUGCACUCUACACAGAACUGCACUUAUUUGAGCAAGUAUUGUUUUUGAUUGAGCAGUUAAUGGCAAAUUAUUAGGAAUUACUCUGUUAAUUAAUGGAAGUCAUGAUGUGCAAAUCUGGUAUGAUAAUCUUUUGUUAUACUUAAUAAAACAGGGAUAAUGGAAGUUUUUUCAAACUGUCCUUGCAUGCUACUUGCGAUGAAGUAUCUGCCUUCUGCUUCAAGUUCUCUCACUUCAGCUGCUGCCCUGAGGUGUGAUCCUUCACACAUGUCUAUGCCUUAACCAAAGCCCAUUUUCAUCAGCAGGAAUUUUCACAUUCAAUUCCAUGAGCUUUGAGAAAACUCAGCACCACUGGUUCUGUUAAGCACAGGAUUGCAUUAUUUAUUCAGAAAAGGCACAUGCAUGAGCUGGAGUUAGACCAAAUUAGUUAUUUCCAUAGGAGCAGAGCAAAGCAAGUGGUUUGGUAUUUGUAGGCUUAAGAAAUUUUUUGCAGAUUUUUAUUUUUAGUUUGUUGAGAGGCCUUUUUAUACAAUUUACUCCCCGUGAAAGGAAUUUGUUGUAAUAACAUCCUAAAUAAGAGUCCAAACAAGAUUCCUAAUAAAGAAAAGCUAAUGGUUCAUGGAGACAGUAUGACUAAACAGAGUUUCAGUUCCCUUCCCCAUGGCAGUGUGGCAAAAACCACUUGAAAGCGAUGCUCGGGUGAUGUUGCUAUGAGGAAAAGAGUCAGCAAUGACUGAUGUGGAGCCCCUGGUGACAGACUUCGCAGCAUCGGGCAGGGCAGGCCGCCGCAAUGCCUUACCUGACAUCCUGGGCUCUCCUGCUGGUGCCGGGACCUCGGACUUGCCGCACAAACUGGCUGAGCUGUCUGUUUCUGAAGGUAAUGAAGGAGCAGAGGGUGGAGAAGUAUCAUCAUCCAAAGCCUUGCUGGAAAGUCAAGAGGCAGAGGGAAAGAGCAGCAAUUCCUAAUACCUGAGGACUGCUCGACUGAUGAAACCUGUCGACAGACUUUGCAGAGUUUCCCUGUUACCUAUUUUGAAGUGUGGUAGCAAUUGCAACAGCACAGGAAAGACUUUCGUGACACACUUAUACGUAGAUGGCUUUAACAUGGAACUACUGUUUUUUCUGCUGUUGUUCAUCAGAAAAAAUGUUCUACGCAUCCAAAUGGGAAGAGAACUAAAGAAUGUAUCUGUUCUGCUUCUUUUUUUUUUUUUUUUUUUUUUUUUUUUGUUUGCUUAAUGAUUACUUUAUUCACCCAAACUAAUCUUCUUUGGGAGUUUUAAUGAACAUAGAUAGCAGAUGUACCAGGUAAUGAUUACUUUAAAAUAAAAGUCCUAUUUCUUAAUUUUCUAAAAUAGCUUCUUUGUUACACAGAGGUGUAUUCACUCUCCUUUAAGAUAAUAAGUAUGUAUUAGAUUACAGACCCAAUCUGCAGUAUAUCUUCAGAGAUUUUUGUUCUCAUUAGGUAUAAGAAGAUGGAUGUGACAAAUAGGAAAACUAACUUUUUUCUCUCUUCUUCCUGACCUCAAAGCAUUUUGUUUAGCAUUUAAACUACCAGUGUUCAUUUUUUAAGUCUCUUUACACUCUAUUUAAUUAUGGCAGAUCAUCUCAUCUAUCCCACUCCUAGCAGUCUUGCUAUUUCUGUCAUUUCUGUUUUGAGGCUUAUUAUUGUAGCUGUUCAUGUAUAUCUGAAAUAAAAUAGCCAUGUUUGUAAGUGAUUAAAACUGUUCAUCUCACUAUGGAAAUUAAAUAGCUAUCAUAUUUUCUGUCUUCUGUUGAA